GAUUCCUCACGACAAAUGUCCAUCUCUAGACAAUUCCUCUAAGCUUUUUAAUAUCUGUUUUUCCCACUUAUCAUUCCCCAUUUCAGUUCAAUAUGAUGAAAAUGAAAACCCUCAUCAUCCUCAUUCUAUCAUCUAACAUCUGUCUCUUAUUCCUUUUGUUUGGAUCCAUUAAUUUACUCCGAACCCCAUGGAAUAUUAAUUAUAAUUAUACUAAUUUCACUCUCACUCUCUUUUUUCUCUUCUCCUUUUUCUUCUUUAUCUCUCUAAACCACUGCCUUGUCCCUGGAGGCUUUGCAUGGUCGUUCAAAACCCACCAUGAAAUUAAAAACUCUCCAACUACUCCAAAACUCCGAGGUCCAAUUGGUUGGUUUGUUCUCGGUAAUUUACCCGAAAUGGCCGGUUCUCUUGCUCAUCGUAAGUUGGCCAACUUGGCGGCUUAUUUCAAAGCCACUCGGCUCAUGCCAUUCAGUCUCGGCUCCACUCGUGUCAUCAUCAGCAGCCACCCUGAAACAGCCAAAGAAAUCCUCGGCGGCUCGUCGUUUUCCGACCGUCCGAUUAAGGAUUCUGCUCGGCUGCUGAUGUUCGAGCGUGCUAUUGGUUUCGCUCCUAAUGGGACCUACUGGCGUCAGCUUCGUAGGAUCGCCGCGGUUCACAUGUUCUCACCGCGUAGAAUAUCUGGACUGGAGGUGAUCCGACGGCGAGUCAUCGACGAAAUGCUAAUGAGCGUUUCGGCGGAGAUGGAGAAGAGAGGAACUGUGGGGUUGAAAGGGAUUUUUCAGAAGGGUUCUCUAACUAAUGUACUUGAGAGUGUUUUCAGUAGCCGUUUAGGUAUUGAAACGGAGGUUGAACUGGGUCACAUGGUGAAAGAAGGUUACGAUUUGAUUUCUAGAUUUAAUUGGGAGGACUAUUUUCCUGUGAGAUUCUUGGACUUCUAUGGUUUAAAAAGAAAGUGUCACGUAUUAGCAGCUAAGGUUAACACUGUGGUGGGUCAAAUAGUGGAAGAGAGAAAAAUAGAAGGAAAUUUCGGCCGUGGGAAUGACUUUCUUAGCGCUUUGCUAAGCUUGCCGGUAGAGGAACAAUUAAGCGAUUCGGAUAUGGUGGCUGUGUUAUGGGAAAUGAUAUUCCGAGGGACAGACACAGUUGCUAUUCUUCUUGAAUGGAUAAUGGCACGAAUUGUUUUACACCAAGACAUCCAAGCAAAAGUCCAGCGAGAGAUUGACACGUGCGUUGGCCGAGAAAGGCACGUGCGGGACUCCGACAUUCCCAAUCUUCCAUACCUCCAAGCUAUAGUCAAGGAAGUCCUCCGAAUGCACCCACCAGGCCCACUACUCUCAUGGGCCCGACUUGCUAUCCAUGAUGUCUACGUAGACAAGGUGUUCGUUCCAGCUGGCACUACAGCAAUGGUGAAUAUGUGGGCCAUAACCCACGAUCCAUCUGUCUGGAAAGACCCAUGGGCCUUUAAGCCAGAGAGAUUUAUUGAAGAGGACGUGUCAAUAAUGGGCUCGGAUCUUCGGCUCGCACCAUUUGGAUCGGGUCGCAGAGUAUGCCCUGGAAAGGCACUAGGCUUAGCCACCGUGCAUUUAUGGCUCGCACGGCUCCUCCAACAAUUCAGGUGGUUUCCAGCUCAGCCUGUGGAUCUUUCAGAGUGUCUAAGGCUCUCUCUUGAAAUGAAGACACCGCUGGCUUGUCUAGCGGUUCCUCGUUGAGGCACUGCGAGCUCGUAAAAAGGAAGUGAUUCAGUUGAAGAAGAAUCUGCAAGAGCUUAUUACCACAAAAAUAAAAAUUAAAAAAUAAAAAUAAAUAAAAAAUUAAAAAAUUUAAAAAAAAAAAAAUCUGGAAAAGCUGAUUAAUUUAAGGGUGUGUAUGGACUUAAGAAUUAUAGGUUUGGCUAGCUGACUGUAUUGGGUGUGACCUGUCCGUGGGGUUAAGAAGGGACUCAACUCUGAAACCUCAAACAUGAAAUAUCCUCUGCGAUAUAUAAAUAUGGCUCUGUAACUCUAGAUUAAUAUUUAUCCAAGUUGCAAGUUUUUAAGUUGUAUUUCCCAAGUGAUAAAAACUACUGCUUUUUUGGGGGUAAUAA